AUGGCCAGUCGAGAGGCCACUCCCCUGCCAGAUAGCAGUAACCAGAAUCUCAUCUCUAGUACUACUCCUUCCCGCCCCCCACCUCAAGUCCCCAUCCGCCAAUCUGCCCGAAAGAAAGUCCCAAUAGUAACCCCCGGGUUUGUUCCAACCAAUUCUGAUUCUCGUAGGGCACUACAACUCCAAACAAAUACUAGUACCAGCUCCACAGCAACCGAUGUGGACUCAACUCCAAAGGGGUCCAGGGCUACCAGAGUGAUUAUUAAUACAAGCAACUCAGGAUCUGGAGCUGAAGUGCAAAACACUUUGAGUCAAAAUAAAUCACAGUCACACGCUCAAUCAAUAUACAACCUCACUCAAGAUUCAGACACAGAAAACGAGAAAGCAAAGGGACGAUCUGUUAAAAAUAAGGCCGAUAAAAAGAUAGCACCACGGAAGGAUGGGACGGAUAGUGUGCUAGUAUAUUUCAAACAAAUAGAAGAUUCAUUGACUUACAGUUGCAUUUGGUGCUCCAAGCUUGUCAAAGCAUCGACUUCAUCGUACUACAAUCUCAAGAUACACCGUGACGGCUCCAACAACAAAGGAACCAUCCAAGGAGCGUGCCCAAAUCGGUCAAAAGCUAUUUCAUCCGGUUGCAAUCUACCCCUAUCUGCUGCUGAAGAAGCUAAUUCUAAAUCCAAUCAGAAAUCGGGGACGGCUAUGGCUAAUUACGUAACCAAGGGCCGAUACGAUAACAACACUCUCAACAAAUUGUUAGUUUACUGGCUCAUUGAGCAUUCUCUACCAUGGUCACGAUUUGAGGAUCGAACGCUUCGUAUUGCUCUGGAUUAUGUCGAUUCAAACACCAAACUCAACUCGCGCACAUGGGCUUCACAUACCGCCCAGAUAUUAUAUCUCAGUCUCCAAGAGAAAGUGUUAGAUGAUAUCAAAAACUCCGAAUCCCAGAUCAGCUUAGUGUCGGAUGUGUGGACAACCAAGGGCGGGCACAAAGCGUUCUUGGGAAUUUCAGCAUGUUACAUCACCAAGAACUGGGAAUAUCGAUCGAUGCACUUAUCAAUGAAAUACAUCUCUUGGCAUCACAAGGGGGUAUAUCUUGCCGCACCUUUUGCAAGGGUUCUUACCAAGAAUAAUCUUCACAAAAAGAUAACAAAAACAACUGACUCGGGUUCAAAUAACUUAACCAUGAUUAAGGAGCUAUCUCGAUUGAUCAAAGAACACGAUAACACCCACUGGGAUCCCUCGGUCAACCAUCAAAGAUGCUUUUGCCACGUGCUAGCUCUCAUACUGGGGGCAGGACUUCGAGCGCUCAAGUUAUCAACAGCCGAAGGACCAACAUCAAGCAAACCCGAGUCAUUUCCCACCCUUCCAACAAUUGACGAGGAUGGCGAACCACUUGAUGGUGUGAUGGAUAACUCCUCAGGAGAAGAACUUGAUCCUCACAAUGUUGCCGAGGGAAGUGAGUUGGAGGGUGAGUCCGAUGAAGAACUGGACCAUGAACAGCAAAACAAUCCCAACAAUGAAGCUCAAACCAACACCAAAGGCUCAAAGGCGAAGUAUGCGAAAACCGGAAUUGGCUUCACAUUAUGCAAGGUUGUCAAUCAACUCUUGAUCAACGAGUCCGAGAAUGGGAACGGUCAAUACUUCAAAGGAUAUGAAUUCACAUCCAAAGAAUGGGAAAACAUAAGAGUACUUAAUCUCGUUCUCAAGGAGUUCUUGCUCUUGACUAAGCGCAUGGAACGUGAUGGUCCCUCGUGCUCUAUGGUACUGUAUGAAUAUAGCCGACUUAUCGAAACGCUUGAAGAACUCAAGAUCGCAAGCAAAGGAGGAAUCCUGGAGGGCAUGUUUGGCCCCAUGAUCAUAGUCGCUACCAAAUAUAAGAACCUCGCUCUCAAAUGCGAGCCAAUACUGAUGGCCACAAUGCUCCACCCAGCUUGGAGAUUACUACUCUUUGCUAAUAAAUUCAACUCCCAUCACAGCCUAGCGCAAGAGCUAUUCGUCAGAAAAUUCAAGGAGCAUCAAUUGUUGAUCAAGCCACCAACCCCUUCCCCAACCAAGGAAAAGACCACCGCUGCCGAAUCCGAAGAUGAUGGCUACAAUUUCUACCCAACAACUACUGGGGGUGAUGAUGGUGAAGAAGAGUUGAAUCGCUACCAUGAAACCAAGUACUCGCUAGGAAUCAAAGGUGAUGUGUUGAUGUGGUGGAAGGCUGACCAAUUCAAUGCAGACUCAAUCCCCUUCAUUCCCAGUCUUAUCUUCCCUUGCUAG